ACUUGCAAGAUGGUCGGAAGGCUUCUCGCACAUAGUCAUGGUCGUGGCGCCGCUUCCUUCGGUGGCGAUGAUUUGACUGAUGCAAAUCUUCCACCACCAUCUACACUCGCUGCCCAGCUUGUAAAGAAUCAUGUCGACACUGCCCGUGGUCUAAAUCAAGAAGACACCACCGUCACGUUUCGUCAGCUUCUGCAAGAGAUUCUCAACAAGACUUCAGUGCCCGAGACUGAUAUUGACGUUAAUCAUAAAUUGAUCAAAGUUGUCGUCGAGGCAGGUCUCGAUGUCCUCUUCCAUGAUGACCCGUUCGCUCAAUGGGACUUUCUGAUCCCUCAGGCAAUCGACAGUCUUGCUGUCAUCGAGUCCACCAUACAGAGACAGCCCGACAUUCUUUUUCACAAUGCUUCAUCGACCCCAGAUCAACAUCCGCAUCUCCUGCUUUGGCUGUUUCCUAAGUUGCUCAUGAUAUCCAAGCAUCCAAAAGGCUCUCAGCUGCAACACUCAUUGGCAUCUCUCCUGUCUUCUCUAGUAUUGAGUUUGUCCAAGAGCUUGGAUCUGUGGCCAUACGCAAAAGCAUUGCUGCAAAUGCUUCGGGACUGUGUUACUGACCUUUUCACACUGCUCCAAGAUAGCCGCAUCUUCUCCAAGUCCGCAACGCUCAUUCCCGCUGUCUUGCUGCCACCCGUUAGNAGUACAUCAGAUGUCUGGCCUCAGCCAGAGGAUAACGCAGCUCUGUCUCUAGGUCAUCAACUGUCUACAAAUGACCCUUUAUCAGCCAUCAGGAUACAGCUGCUGCUUGUUUCCACACUGCAAAACGUCGCUUCAGCGAAAACAACCCUUAAUCGAUUCCAGACUUCAACAUCUCCCUUGUACAAAUGGGUGUCCGACUCGGUUGCUGCUUUGAGCCGGAUACUAUUCCAACACAAAUCAUGGUUUGAGCAGCACUCUUUCUUUUCUACAUUUGCUUUGCAAAUCGUUCGGCUUCAGAAUUUUGUUUUGGACGGCUCAGCAGAUCCGACGAUACACAAUCGCGUAUCCUACAGGCUCAGUAGCCUCUGCGAGUCUUGUUCGAAGCUCAUCGUUCACGAUGGGAAGUCACUGCUUGAUGACCAAUUGCAAAGNGAGCUUGCGUCGACCAUUGAGAAAUUGAUCGACCUCUAUGAUGCAGAGUAUGGAUACAUAAUUGAAGAAUUUCUGCUCCCUUCUGUUCGAGCCUUUGCUCGCGACUUAUCAAAGUUUGAGGCUGUUGAUGCAUCCUUACAACGCGUGGUUCACCAAUGUCUGGAAAGACACGACAAAAAGGACGAAGCUGAUGUUGUUAUGAGCGACGAUACCUCUCAGCUUCAACUCGAAGUGCUAGCCUUGCAACCUGCGACAAAGCGUAGACAGCUACAGGAUCUUCGCGGCUCAGGGCAAAAGCCGUCGAGCAGCGAGUCAGAAGACUUGACUUGCUAUGCUGCCAUGUCCGACGACCAACGAAGCAUGUUCUGGCAGACAAUUGGAUCUUGCGCUUGUGCUGCCACGAACAAUUAUAACAACAGCCAAUGUUCGAUCUGUAACGGUGAACGCCGUCUACGGCACGAGCCAGACAAGAACACAUGGGAAGAGAACAAUCGAGCCGAUGACUGGAAUGAGUUGUUCCAGAUGCUCACAGAACUCAUCGAGAGCCAAGACAUUCACCUCUCUGACAGACAAAGAGUGCUUGCCAUCCUGGCAAUUCGAUCAAUCGUGCUGCAUAAUCGGAACCCAACGGAACUCGAUCUCGGAACUUCCUUCUUGGGAGAAUGUUGCUUGAAAUACUUACAGAGUUCUUCCAGAGAGCUACGAAUCGCUGCAGGAGAGAUUCGCAACAAAAACCGACAGGUUGCAUUAAAUUUUCUGAGAGCACUGUCAACGAAAGAUAUCGUAGGUCAACACGAAACGUUGAUAUUGGCUUGGGGUAGAGUAGCACUGCUGGUCGAUUAUUUGGGUCAUCCAAACUCGUUAAUCUGCUCUCUCGCAUAUAGCGAGUUGGAGGAUAUUGCCGAAACGCUGUCUCUGUCACCACAAACACUCCUCAAACCAUUCUAUCGCAGUAUCGCAGUCGCUGUCAUUCAGGAUCUCACUACUAAACCGCAGAAGGCGCAGCAGCUUUCCGAGUUCCUGGGCAUGAGUGUCAGCCAUUUCCUGCUGCUGACCCAACGAGACACUGUACCUUUUCUUGUUUUGACNAAAAAGAAGGACAUUCUACGGCGAAUUGCCUCAGCUCGCAGUGCAGAGACCAGCAUACAAGACAUUUGUCUUCAGCCGCCCGCCAACCUUGCGGCUGUGAUAUCCACGUUGCUCUAUCAACCAUCGAGCGACGUGGAAGGCAAUGCUAUAAGGUGCCUUGCUGAGGUCGCUCCUGGCUUCCAGAACAGCGACCUGGGAAGUUUGAUCAGAUCAGAUCCUGUUCUGAUAGCUUGUGAGAUGCUCAAGACUGCGGGAGACGAAGAUGACUCUAAUGCCUCAAAGAAGCUUGCAGCANNGGCACAACAAGCUAUCCAAAUCUUUACAAUGUUGGUCGAAGGGAAGCCAAGUCAUUCAAAACCGAGCGCAAAAACCAAUCGUAUGGUUAUCAGUUUCUUUGAAGCACAUAUUCUAGGUAUCAUGACGGAGUUCUCAAACUCUAUAGACAACACACUAUCGCUGUCUCCAUCAGAAAAGCUUCGUUGUGUCAAGGCAAUUGAACAGAUGAUCAUACUAGCUAAGAGCAAGGUCAGCGUAGCUCUUCCUCAGAUAAGAGCGUGCCUCCAAAGCGCCAUUGAUCAACGACAACUUCAAGAGUCAGCGCUUUCCGCCUGGCUCACUCUGAUUAGUGUUCUCGAUGGUGAUGAUGUUGCUGACAUGGUUGAUCACACCUUCGCGCUGGUGGCUCAACAUUGGGAUGGCCUCUCGUCGCCUCUGCAAAAGAAGACCCACGACACCAUCAGCGAGAUCGUCAAAACCCACAGCAACGUGAUACGAGAGAAGCUUAUGACCAUACCAUCCUUAGCUUCGAUCCCGUUGAUGUCCAAAAUCGGCCUAGAAAUUCAAAGGCUGAAAAAGGACGAGCGCCCAGACGUUCAUCUGCGCGCCUUUGCCAAACGACUGCAUGAUGAGAAUGUCGCGAUUGUCACUCAAGGGCUACGCGAGCUGGUUCCGUGGCUCGGCGAGAAUCAAGGUUUCGUCCACGAAGCAGCUGUCAGCGAACAGCCCAAGGCCGCAAUAGCAGAUGUGAUGCGUGCUUUGCUCGACGUGUGUACCAAAUAUGCCGACCAUGACUCGACUGUCGUCGACCUAAGUGCACAAUGCAUUGGUAUCAUCGGCUGCUUGGAUCCAAACAGUGUCGACAUGAGUAGCAGCCGAAGACAAGUACUUGUGCUCUCCAACUUCGAAAAAGCCUCUGAAGUUAUCAACUGGGUCGCUAUCAUGCUCGAAGACGUUCUGGUACCAGCAUUCAGAUCAUCCACAAACGCGCGCGAUCAAGGCUUCCUAGCUUAUGUUAUGCAAGAGCUGGUCCGGUUUUGUGGUUUCAACGAAGCUGCAACUGCGCGUCUAAGGCCGUCACAAGCUGGUCCUGCCCAUAGUCGCUGGGCGGAAAUGACAGAAAGCGUACGGAACACGCUCACUCCAUUCUUGAGCUCGAGAUAUCUGCUAAACAGCAAUUCGUCUGUUCAACCCGGAAAACGAAACUACCCAGUCUUUGCCAUUGGGAAACGUCAUAGCACUUGGCUUCGUGAAUGGGCUUAUGACAUGAUGUGGAGAGGCAAAGGUGACAAUGCAGAGAUGGUGUUCCCCAUCCUGGCCCGCAUUAUCAACCGACAUGACAUCUCUAUCGCCAGCUUCCUUCUCCCUUACGUGGCACUCAACAUCGUCCUUGGCGGUACAGUACAAGAGGCUAAAGAUGUUGGGGUUGAAAUGCUGACAGUCUUGUCAACCGAAUCACCAGUUGAGUCAGAGAAAGAGGCACUGCGACAGUGCAGUGAAAACGUCUUUGCUGUUUUGGACUACAUGUCAAAGUGGCUACAGGAGAAGAAGCGAACUAUAGCUGCAUACCGGACUGCAGCCCUGCGAGCUGGUCAUGCUCCGUCAGAAAUCGAGGAGGCCAAAGACAUUGGCCAGAUCGAAAGUGUCGAGAGCGUGAUAAGCUCUAUUCCUGCCGACAUCAUCGCUCAACGUGCUAUGGAGUGCGGCUCGUAUGCUCGUGCACUGUUCCAUUGGGAGAGCUAUAUCCGGAGCGAGUCACGAAGACAAACGAACCAAGAUGCCAAAGAACAUGACGCGAUGUUCCAACGACUCCAUUCGAUAUACUCUCAGAUUGAUGAGCCCGACGGUCUUGAUGGAAUCUCGGCACAUCUGAACAUUCUCAGUCCUGAGCAACAGGCUUUCCAGCAUCAAAGAACAGGCAGGUGGUCGGCGGCACAAAGCUGGUACGAAUUUGAGCUUGUCAAGGAGCCUUCCAACGCAAGCCGUCAAAUCGAUCUUCUGAGCUGUCUGAGAGAAUCUGGCCAGUAUGAUCAAGUCUUGCGUUAUGCAUCAUUCUACAAGACAACCUCGCGUCAGGGGGACAAGGGCACACUCUUGUCGUAUAUCACAGAGGCAUGCUGGACUACAGAGAGGUUCGACACGCUCAAAGAUUCUCUUGUUGGUCUCUCGGAAGAAACUCAGACAGAUUUCAAUGUUCGUGUUGCCAGAGUACUUCUCGCCAUGCAAGAGAAGAAUCAUGAUGAAGUGUCAAACAGGGUCAACAAACUUCGCAACAUCGUAGUCAAGGGCAUCACUUCCGUCUCUGGAAGCUCACUCCAGGCUUGCCAUGACGUUCUCUUGAAGCUUCAUAUUGUGUAUGAAAUAGGUGCACUCAGCGGAGCAAUCGAUGUCCCUGCCGCUCAAGAUACAGCCGCUACAUCAAUUCUUGCAGUCAUGGACAAGAGAUUAGCCGUUGUUGGAUCAUACAUCUCUGACAAGCAGUAUCUGCUUGGUAUCCGUCGUGCGGUCAUGCGACUAUCGAGUGUCGAUUUCUCGAGCGUCAGCAUUGGCAGUUCCUGGCUCAUGACAGCUCGCCUUGCUCGAAAGACUAAUGUUUCAGCUGUCGCACACAAUGCUAUACUCAAUGCGUUCAGCUGUGGAGACGAUGCGGCCAAGAUUGAACAUGCCCGGCUGCUUUGGAAAGAUGACCAGCAUAGACAAGCCAUUCAGAGUCUCGAGGGUGCCAUUGCAUCCAACACGUUUGCAACCUAUGAUCAGAGGAUGGUGGAUACCAGCAAUCCUGAAGAAGCACAGCAGAAGCAGAAUAUGCUCUCUGCAAGGGCACAUCUGCUACUAGCCAAAUGGCUAGAUGCUUCUGGACAGACACAGGCAACAAAGGUUGCGAGCAAGUACCAGUAUGCCGCCAGACACUACUCCAGAUGGGAGAAGGGCCACUACUAUUUGGGCAAGCACUACAACAUGCUUCUGGACGCUGGAAAACUNCUUCCUGUACACAAACAGUCCGAGCCAUUCCUCUCCGGAGAGCUGACCAAACUUGUCAUCGAAAACUACUUGCGAUCUGUGCCUUUUGGCUCGAAGUACUGGUACCAAACAAUUCCAAAGAUUAUCACGCUCUGGCUGGAUCUUGGUAUGGACUGUAUGCAAAGGACCAGGAACGAUCAGGCCGAUGUGACAGCCAAACGUUCUCACUGGCUUGAUGCGAUUCACAAGCAGAUGAGAAAGUACUUCGAUCGGAUACCUCCGUACAUCUUCUAUAACGCUCUACCACAGAUGAUCUCGCGUAUCACCCACCCGAACCCCAAGGUUUACGAGGUUUUGGCAAUGAUCAUCCAGAAGAUUGUUUCGACUCAUCCUAGUCAGGCUCUUUGGUUCUUGCUGGCAGUCUGCAAAGCUUCAGCAUCAGACAGAGCAAGUCGCGGCGUGGCUAUCAUCAACAAGCUCAAAGACCCAAAAACNAGGCCCAAGAAUGAAUCAGCUGGUCUGGACUUGCGUAUGAUGAUAACGCAUGGUCAGAAGCUGUCUGAUGGUCUGCUACAAGCUUGCGAAAUUCAUAUCGAAACACGGUCAGCGAAUGUCAGCCUGUCCAAGGACCUGAACUUCAAUCACAAGUUGGCACCUAAUCCUCUUGUCAUACCCUUGGAAUCUACCUUGACGGCUAAUGCUCCAGUCGUCCAGGACGCCUUCCAUAUCCGCAAGUUUGUGGCGUUUGCACAAGAGCGCAUCACAAUACAAAGCUUCAGUGACGAGGUUCUGGUGCUGAACUCUUUGCAACGACCACGAAAACUGACUGUGAGAGGCUCCGACGGCAAACAAUACGGGCUUCUGUGCAAGCCAAAGGAUGAUUUGAGAAAGGAUCAACGUCUGAUGGAGUUCAACACGAUGAUCAACAGAGCACUGAAACGAGAUACGGAGUCAAGCAAACGUCGUCUAUACAUCAAAACGUAUGGCGUGACGCCAUUGAGUGAAGAAUCUGGUACUAUCGAGUGGGUCGAAGGUAUCAAGCCUUUGCGCGACAUCCUUCUCAAGCUAUAUCAGCGUAAGGGUGUCCAGCCCAAUUACAACGAGUUGCGAGUUUUCCUUAGUGAGGCAAGCUCUAACAUAGCUAACGUGGACAUCUUCACCGAGAAGGUCUUGUCGGUAUUCCCAUCAAUCCUUCACGAGUGGUUUGCGGAGAUGUUCCCUGAGCCUGACUCGUGGUUCGCUGCUCGGUUGAGGUACGCUCGCUCAGCGGCGGUCAUGUCCAUGGUAGGACACGUACUUGGACUUGGCGAUCGACACGGAGAGAACAUUCUGUUGCAGGAAGAUACCGGUGGUGUCUUCCACGUUGACUUCAACUGUCUGUUCGACAAAGGACUCACGUUUGAGAAGCCAGAACUUGUCCCCUUCCGCCUGACACACAACAUGAUUGCGGCAAUGGGAGCAUAUGGAUACGAAGGACCCUUCCGCAAAUCAGCCGAAUUGACACUGGGCUUGCUGCGUCAACAUCAGGAUACCUUGAUGAACAUUUUGGAGACGUUCUUGCACGACCCCACCACUGAUUUCAUUGGCAAGAAGAAGAGGACUACACCAGGAGUACCAGACACACCGCAGGAAGUCCUAGACUCGAUCAGUGGAAAACUCAAAGGAUUCCUCAGAGGAGAGACUGUGCCGUUGAGUGUAGAGGGCCAUGUUAGUGCGUUGAUUCAACAAGCCACGGAUCCGUGGAACCUGUGCCAGAUGUAUAUUGGAUGGUGUGCGUUUUUGUAA